AUACCAACAAACUGAACAAACAAAUUUUUGAUAAACCAAUUAAAUCAAAGUUCAUUAUUGUGUGUUAGGAUAUUUAAAUGAAUAGAUAGUUUAUUCUAAUUCCUCAUGGAGUGUAAGUUACGUCCUUUGUCUCAGAUCACAAAAGAAAUAAUAAACACUGAAAAUUAUCCAACGAAAACCUCUUCCGAACAGAUUGAUGUAGAAAAACAGGUUCUAAAGAAGUUGGAAGAUUUACAUAAUACUAAAUUAAAAGUAAAUAAAGAAUUACCAGAACUUCUUAAAGACAAACACAGAAAUUUUUUAUUUGAUAGUCUUACUUAUGUAUCCUCUGCCUAUGAGGUAUUAGAUGCUAGUCGACCUUGGUUAUGCUAUUGGAUAUUGCAUCCUUUAUCUUUGAUGGGUAUUCAAUUAGAUUAUAGAAGGAAAAAAGUGAUUGCCAAGUUUUUAAAGAAAUGCCAGAGUCGUACUGGUGGAUUUGGUGGAGGACCAGGACAGAUAGCACAUUUGGCUACUACCUAUGCAGCCGUAAAUGCCUUAGUGAUUUUAGGAAUAGAAGAAGCUUUAAAUGUAAUAAAUAGGAAAAAACUUCAAGAAUUUUUAUGGAGGGUACGGCAGGUUGAUGGAUCUUUUCAAAUGCACGAAAAUGGAGAGGUUGAUAUACGAGGAGCUUACUGUGCUCUUUCAAUAGCUAGUCUUACUGGAAUCAUGACUCCAGAAUUAUUUAGGAAUACUGCAGAGUGGAUAGUAAGUUGCCAAACAUACGAGGGUGGAUUCGCUGGAUGUCCUGGUAUGGAAGCUCAUGGUGGAUACGCAUUUUGUGGUUUAGCAGCCUUGGUAAUACUCAACAAAGGACAUUUAAUAGAUGAACGAGCUUUAUUGAGAUGGUUAGUACAGAAGCAAAUGAAAGUAGAAGGUGGAUUUCAAGGCCGGACUAAUAAGCUAGUUGAUGCAUGUUAUUCUUUUUGGCAAGGAGGCGCUUUUCCAUUAUUAUAUUCUCUAUUAUAUGUUGCUGAUAAUCCACCAAAACAGCAUCUAUUUGACAGCGGCUCCCUACAGGAAUAUUUAUUAGCGUGCUGCCAAAAUCCUAACGGUGGCCUCAUAGACAAACCAGGAAGAAGCAGGGAUCUUUAUCAUACUUGUUAUGCUAUAAGCGGCCUUUCGAUAGCUCAACAUUUUAUGGAUACCACACCAAUACUAGGUCCCAAACGUAAUGAAGUGCAAUGCACCCAUCCUUUGUACAACAUUAGACCAGAUUUUGUUCGGAAAGCUUUGUUAUAUUUCAACGAGUUAGGUUUGCCUGAAGAAGAUAUGCAGACCUGACAAGACAGGAACUACAAAAUGAGCGCGUAUCAACUACUCCUAUUUUUUAAGUUUAUUGUUAAAGUUUUGUUGAGGUUAUGUUUUCAUAAGGUAUUUUAGCAGUUUCAGUUUUAUUAACAUUUUUUAUUUCUAUUUAAAAUGUAACGACUUACCACAACUGUGUCAUCUGAAGAAUAAGAUUUUAUAUAAAAACAUUUAUACUUGUAGGUAUUAUCACCUAUUUUUUAAUAGACUGAAUAUAAAGUUUGUUUUGUU